AUGCCCCUCUUUGGCAGCCUGGUGAGCGCCAUCAAUGAGUGGACAGUUAACAUUGGAAUCUAUAUCACCUACCAGCUGAAAGGGCAAGCGGAUCCUCAAAGCACACUGGAGGGUGUCUUUCAGACACGGCAGGUCUUCCAAUGGAGCGGUGCUCAAGUUGCAUGGACCAAAGGGACCGGCUUAUCCACGGAAUUAGGAACCGUCAGCUUUAAUGGCAGCACUGUCACUCCGGAUCUCAGAGAUUUUGCCGCUGAUCUGCGAGGGGCUCUGGCUCCUUGUGCCGGCCUGGAAUUCAACUAUGGCGACGAGACGAUGUCGGCUGUGUCCUCCUGCUUGGAAGGGCAUGUGGCCUACGCGACUGAGAAGGCAGAGACUUCAGUGGCGGCAAGCGCUGUUGCUGCGACUGCCCAGGCUUCUGACGAGACCCUUUGUGUUGACAUGUACCAGUUCGAAACAGAUGGCGAUUUGGACAGCUUGCCAGAUAAACCCUAUGCAGGUUGGUGUUUUUUUGGAAAGUGUCACUACCGGUCGACGGCCAGCUUCAGCGGAAGCAAGGCUACCUGGGAUGAUGGCGAGGUGUGUAUGGAUAUCCAGAGUGCCUGGCUCGCAACGAACAAACUCUACAUGGAAGUUUGGGAGUGGAACGUUGCUUGGGACAAGGAGUACAUCGAGCGAAUCUCAGAGGAUUUGAGCGAUGACAUUGGGGACUUAAGGAAUGGUGUGGAUUGGACAUUGACGCCAACUCCAACCUCCAAGAGUGGUGGCACAUAUGCGAAAGUCUUGGUGAAGGUCAAACUCACCUCCAAACGGCUGCUCCAGACGUCCAAUGCCAGCAGUUGCGGCCAAAGUCUUCAUGUUGGACCUGGGCUGCAUGGCGGGCUCUCUGGCUUUGUGCUCCCGGCCUCGUGGGACCAUUCCGGUGAACAGCUGGUGGACCCCGUCGAAAUGCCCAGCUAUCACGGGGAGAUGGAGCUGGCCUUGUGUGAAGAUCUUCCCAGAUGGGAUCCAAGUGGUAUGUGGGGCUCUAGUAAGGGCAGCGGCCCAACUUUCCUCGAUGGAUUACUCAUUGCUUGGAGCCUUUUUGCUUGA